AUGUUUUACAGGAUUCUCAAAAAUUCAAGUAGCACGAAUCCGCGGAUUCCACCCCCAUCAAUACUCAAUAUUCGCACGCCGGCCGUGGGCGGCUUCGAAGCAAACGUAAGCCACCCAGAGAAGCAGAGCAGGCAACUCUCAAGCUCAUACGUAUACUCCGACUCCCAAUACUGGGCGACCAAAGAUCCUAACACACAUCUCACACGCGCUAUAGCCACAGCUCAAGACAUAUUCUGGUUCUCGCCGGAGGCAAGGCAGACAUAUUUGAUUGCUCUGGAGUUCGGCCCACGAGAUUUCUAUACUGCCAAAGUUGCCGCGCUAGAUGUUGUCCGCCGUGCUACCAGUAUUUGA